AAUCUCCUCGACCCCUUCCUGAAGAUGACCGAAGAGCAGGACAAGUGCCUCUCCGGCGCGCCCAGCCCCACCAUGUCCGAGGACUCGGCCGGCUCGCCUUGCCCGUCGGGCUCCGGAUCGGACGCCGAGAACACCCGGCCCCAAGAGAACACCUUCCCCAAGAGCGACCCGGACCUGAAGAAAGAGAGCGACGAGGACAAGUUCCCCGUCUGCAUCCGAGAGGCCGUCAGCCAGGUCCUGAAGGGCUACGACUGGACCCUGGUGCCCAUGCCCGUCCGCGUCAACGGCUCCAGCAAGAACAAGCCCCACGUCAAGCGGCCCAUGAACGCCUUCAUGGUGUGGGCGCAGGCGGCCCGGAGGAAGCUGGCCGACCAGUAUCCCCACCUGCACAACGCCGAGCUGAGCAAGACGCUGGGAAAACUCUGGAGGCUGUUGAAUGAGAGCGAGAAGCGCCCGUUUGUGGAGGAAGCUGAACGGCUGAGGGUGCAACAUAAAAAAGACCACCCAGACUAUAAGUAUCAGCCACGGAGGAGAAAAUCAGUCAAGAAUGGGCAGGCAGAACAAGAAGAAGGCUCAGAACAAACCCACAUCUCUCCCAAUGCCAUCUUCAAGGCCCUGCAGGCAGAUUCUCCACAAUCUUCCUCCAGCAUGAGUGAAGUCCACUCCCCUGGAGAGCAUUCUGGGCAAUCCCAGGGGCCCCCGACCCCUCCUACAACUCCCAAAACCGAUGUCCAGGCGGGCAAGCAGGACCUGAAGCGAGAAGGCCGCCCUCUGCAAGAAGGAGGGAGGCAGCCCCCGCACAUUGAUUUCCGAGACGUGGACAUUGGCGAGCUCAGCAACGACGUCAUCUCAAACAUCGAGACCUUUGACGUCAAUGAGUUUGACCAGUAUCUCCCGCCCAACGGCCACCCUGGUGUCCCAGUCACCCAUGGCCAGCCUGGUCAGGUCACCUACACUGGCAGCUAUGGGAUCAGCAGCACCACAGCGAGUCCAGCUGGGACCGGGCACGUCUGGAUGUCUAAGCAGCCGCCUCAGACCCAGCCGCCGCCGCAGCCUCAGCCGCCGCCCUCCUCUCAGCAGCCGCCCUCCCAGGCCCAGCCGCCGGCGCCCCAGGCCCAGCCUCAUACGCUGACCACCCUGAGCAGCGAACCGGGGCCGCCCCAGCAGAGGACACACAUCAAGACAGAGCAGCUGAGCCCCAGCCACUACAGCGAGCAGCAGCAGCAUUCGCCUCAGCAGCUGAGCUAUAGCUCCUUCAACCUCCAGCAUUACGGCUCCUCCUACCCAACCAUCACUCGCUCGCAGUAUGACUACACAGACCACCAGAGCUCCAACUCCUACUACAGCCACGCCGCCAGCCAGAGUUCGGGCCUCUAUUCGACAUUCACGUAUAUGAACCCCAGCCAGAGGCCAAUGUAUACGCCCAUUGCAGACACUACCGGGGUGCCUUCCAUUCCUCAGACCCACAGCCCCCAGCACUGGGAACAGCCCGUCUAUACCCAGCUCACCAGGCCAUGAAGUUUUUCAAUGAUGUUUUCUCUUUUUUUUUUUCCAAAUCUCCUCAGACUUUUUUUAAAGGCUAAAAGUGAAUGCAUAAUGGGGAGGGGGAACAAAUCCCAAAACGCCUUGUGCACUACAGCAUCCUUUUGAAAUCGGCCAGAGCAUCCCACUCAGUAAACAAACAUUCCCUGAUGGACUGAAAACCUUGAUCUGAAGGCAGUUUCUUAUUUUCUUCUUCAGCAGCCAACUUAGUUUGCCUAGGUAUGGACUCCGUAAUUAUUUUUUAACAAUAACUAAAAAUAAAAAAAUAGAAAAAAAAGAGGUAAAAACUCAAAAGGAUUCCUCUGUGAGGAAUAUUCUCUAUUUUAAAUACUUUUUUUUUUAGUAUGUACUGUGUAUGAUUUGUUACCAAUUUGAGGGGAUUUAUAUGGUCUACUUUGUGUUUUUAGACAGACUCUUUAAAAAAAUUUUAUCCUUUUGUUUUUUGACAGUUAAACAACAAUAAGUCGAGCAGUCAUGCCUUAACCUUUUUCCCUUGCUGUCAGAGGUAUUUUUAUAUAGCUAAUUGCCUUUUGCUUGUAGAGAGCAAAACAUUUAUGUAUAAAGUCAAAUGAAUGGGGGAGGGGGAGUUCCUUUCUGAUCAGUGGUCAGUUGCUCAGUGUGAUGAUGGGGAUUUGGAAAGAGAUGUUAUUUUUCUAGCUUGAGAGUAAAAUGUGUUUUGAGGAGAAUUUUUUUAAAACGAAAGAACAAUAACACCUUGAGCCUUAAAGUAACACUAAUGAAAAAGCCUUACAGAACAGCCCUGUGAUCACUUCACUUGCACAAAGAUUUCCCUCCCUGUCAAAGAAGAGAGGGGGAAAUGAGACUCUUUAAAAAAGGAGAGCUCCAUCCUCUGAGGUCGGAAGCUUUUUUUUUUUUUUUAAGAAUCGUCUAUAUUUUUGGCAACACCAGCGUCAGAUUGUAGAGCCACAAACCAGCAUCCCCCACCCUGGCUCCCCCACCCUUUCCACCUUCUGUAGGACGCUGAGCCCCCACGUGUGAGGCACAUGCUGGUGGUCCCAAAAAUCACUUUCCCUUCAAACUCCACAAGGAAUUAGGUAGUAUGUUCUAUGAAGCAGUUUGCAAGGGGAAGGGGAGAGUAAUGGUGGGAGGAUUUUGACAUUAGCAAGGUUCAUGGGUGACAGCAUUGAUGCCUUUAAAAAUAAUAAUAAUAUUAUUAUAUAUUUAUUUUGUGGAAAAAAAGAGAGGUUUUUAAUCAAGAAGUUUUUCUUUCCAUUUCCCUCCUUCCAUAUUUGAAGUUCUUCUAAUGUAAACAGAGCGUUACUCCAAGGGUAUAUGGUGCCUAAUCUUUAAAUUAUGAUUUAAAUCAGUAAGUCCUUAUUUUAUUUAUCUGUCUUGUUCUCUCUCUCUCUCUCUUUUGGCAUUUUUAUUGUUAUUAUACCUUCAGGAUGUGUCUUAGGUUUGUACAAAUGCCUCUGCUUCCUUAUGUUUCUUAUUUCCUUUCUUUUUUUCCUUCAUUUUUGUUUAAGGAAAAACUGGAAUGCUUCCCUUCCCCUCUUCAUUUUUUCUUAGUGCAAACAAAAGAUUGCAAACAUAGCAUAUCACCGAGUCAUUUGCCUUGGUUUUGUUUCACUUUUCCUGCCUCAGCUCCUCUGGACUCAUAUGGUGGGCUUAGAUCUAUCUACACAUGAAGUGGAAUAAGGAGAAAAUGGCAGCGCAGAAUGGACUGUACCACUAAAGGUGGAAGGUCAUUUUAAAAAUAAUCUUCAUAUUUUUU